AGAGAAACCUCUUUGCACUUUUGACUUCAAGUCAAAUUGAAAAACUGGACUUGAGGGCAAAGUAUUCUAUCGCGCAAAAAAUGGCGCAGCUCACCGCCUGCAUGACGCGUCGCGUCUUCCCAUGACCAAGACCCGCACCCAGGGAGCCUAUUAAUGUGGAUCAUGGAGAGAAGCCUGACCGGAGCUCAUCUCCUCAUCGCUGUCUAUGUAUCCGUUAUUCCCUCCAGGUGCACGAAUGGGCAGGAGUCCACGGACGGGCUGAGCAGUUUUAGUAUGAGUCCACCUUACUUCAACCUGGCGCUUGGAUCCAGGAUCUCUGCGACAGCCACCUGCGGGAAGGAUGAAUUCGGAACGCCGAGGUCUGAUUUGUACUGUAAACUUGUUGGAGGAGCCACCGCUGGAGUUCUCACUCACAAUAUACAAGGCCAGUUCUGCGACUACUGCAACGCCGCUGACCCAAGCAAAGCCCACCCGGUGUCCAACGCCAUCGACGGGACGGAGCGCUGGUGGCAGAGUCCUCCUCUGUCCAAAGGGCUGGGCUACAAUGAGAUCAACGUCACUCUGGAUCUGGGACAGCUCUUCCAUGUUGCCUAUGUCAUCAUAAAGUUUGCUAAUUCGCCACGGCCCGACCUGUGGGUGCUGGAGCGCUCUGUGGAUAACGCCAAGACCUUCAUCCCCUGGCAGUAUUUUGCACAUUCAAAGCACGAAUGCAUUGAAAGGUUCAGAAAGCAGCCCAACGCUCGAGUCGUAAACGACGACGAUCAGCUCUGCACCACAGAAUAUUCUCGAAUCGUCCCUCUGGAGAACGGAGAGGUUGUGGUGUCCUUGAUCAAUGGUCGGCCAGGAUCCAAAGACUUCACCCGCUCUCCCGUGCUGCAGGACUUCACCAGGGCCACCAACGUGCGCCUACGCUUCCUCCGCACCAACACGCUGCUGGGUCACCUGAUCAGCAAGGCCCAGAGAGACCCCACCGUCACACGCAGGUACUACUACGGCAUCAAAGACAUCAGCAUUGGCGGACGCUGCGUGUGUCACGGCCACGCUCAGGUGUGCGGUGCCGGUCUCAACGCAGAAAACCCAAACAAGCUUCAAUGUGAGUGCCAACACAACACCUGUGGCGAGUCAUGUGAACGCUGCUGUCCAGGCUUCAACCAGAAGAGAUGGCACGCCGCGACUGUUGACAACCCAAAUGAGUGUCAGCCCUGCCAGUGUUUGUCCCACGCCGCUGACUGUUAUUACGAUCCAGAGGUGGAAGCGAGGAGAGCAAGUUUAGACAUCUUCGGCAGAUACAGCGGAGGAGGAGUGUGUAUUAACUGCCAGCACAACACUGCCGGAGUUAAUUGUGAGCGAUGUGUUGAAGGCUUCUUCAGACCAUAUGGGGUGCCCGCCGAGUCUCACACUGGAUGCAUACCCUGCAGAUGUGACGAGCGCACCACUGCCGGCUGUGAAAUGGGUUCCGGAAGGUGCCUCUGCAAAGUGCAGUACGCAGGCAACGACUGUGGGCGCUGCGCUGAAGGACACCAUUACUACCCGCAGUGCAUUCGCUAUCCAGCAUACCAGACUACCACAAAAUCCCCUGCAGGACCUAUCGCAGUACCUACCGGCUGCCCUGUGGGUUACUUUGGCUCCGUCAGCUGUCAGCAGUGUGUGUGUGACUACAGAGGCGUGGAACGCGAGGUGUGUGACGCUUCGGGGCGCUGCCUUUGCCGUCAUUCUGUGGAGGGUCAGCGAUGUGACCGCUGUCACCCAGGUUACCACUCCUUCCCAAACUGCCACGCAUGUCUUUGCGAUGGCUCUGGUGUGGCUGAGAAUGUCUGCAGUCCGAGCGGGCAGUGUAUUUGCCACCCCAAUUAUGGAGGCCAAGGGUGUGACCACUGCGCACCAGGUUACUACGACUACCCGGAAUGUGCUGCCUGCCAGUGUUCUCUUGAAGGCUCGUACGGCACAGCAUGCAACCCAGUAUCAGGUCAGUGUCCGUGUCUUCCUGGGGUGGUAGGCCAGCAGUGUGACCGCUGUGCUUCUGGACUGAGCUUCCCUGCAUGCUCAGCCUCCAUCGAUCAGUGUAAUCCACAUGGGACGGAGAGCAUGGAUCCUCACACGGGCUCCUGCCGGUGCCGUCCCAACACAGAGGGAGCCUUAUGUGACAGAUGUAAACCUCUCUACUGGAACCUGGCAGCUGACAACACACAUGGCUGUGAUGUGUGCAGGUGCAAUGUCAAAGGGACGCUCAGUGGUGUUGGGGAGUGUGAGAAGAGGGGGGGCCAGUGCCAUUGUAAGCCUCAUGUAGGUGGGCAUGCGUGCGACUCCUGCAGCAACGGCUAUUUCCUGCUCCAAAAUAAUAACUAUUUUGGCUGUCAAGGUUGUGAGUGUGACAUAGGUGGCGCCAUCAACACAACUUGUGACGAGACUUCAGGCCAGUGUCGUUGUCGCAGUAAUAUAGUUGGCUCUAGAUGCACAAACCCAGCACCAGGGUAUUAUUUCCCCACCUUGCAUCAGUUCAAGUUUGAGGUGGAGGAUGGGACCACUCCAAAUUCUAGACCUGUGCGCUUUAGUUACGACCCCCAAGAGUUCCCGGGGUUCAGCUGGAGGGGUUAUGCUGUACUUUCCCCUGCACAGAGUGACGUCAGAGUAACAGUGCAUGUUGACCCAAAAGAUGCCAGGCAGAACUUAUUCCGUGUGGUACUGCGUUUCACUAACCCGAGUAUCACCAGUGUGACUGGUAGCAUCAAGGCGACUAAUAACAGAGGCAAUGCAGCACGAUCCGAGCAGAGUAAAGAUGUAGUUUUCCCUGAGAGUCUGCAGCCAUCCUUCCUGACUGUGCCUCAUGGUGACGGCUUCACUGAGCCCUUUGUCUUGACGCCUGGUGUUUGGAUCAUCCACAUAAAAGCGCGGGGGGUUUUGUUGGACUAUUUGGUGCUGCUGCCCCAGGACUACUAUGAAGCGUCUCUGCUUCAAGUAAACAUUGCAGAACCUUGCACUUACAUAUCCACCGCACCGAGGAACAAGAACUGUCUGUUGUACAAACACGUAGCCAUGGAUGCGUUCAGCUCUGCCUCGGGCUCAUAUGGAAGCCUCUCGAGCCAGAGAGGCCGUAAGAGGAGGCAGACUUUAGUGCGGCGUCCCACCCCAGACCAUCCUGAGAUGACCUCUCUGCAUGGGAGACAGUCCCAGCUGCAGCUCAGUCUACGUGUGCCCCACCCUGGACCUCAUGUUCUCGUCAUGGAGUAUGCUAGCGAGGUGAACACUCUCCAGAACGUCAACAUCCUGGUAAAUGCCCAGCACGGUGGACAGAUGCGAGCCAGAGCCAACAUCUACAGCUGUGCUUACAGCUUUUUGUGUCGGAGUGUGGCGGUGGACAGCAUGAAUCAGGUGGCCGUGUUUCACCUUACCCACAGAACAGAACUUCUCCUGCAGACGUCAUCCGCCUCCUUCCUGCUGCACAAAGUGUACGCCGUGCCUGCAAAGGAGUUCUCCAUGGAGUACUUAGAGGCCAAGGUGCUGUGCACCUCCUCUCACGGUCGCUUCACCGAAGACAGUCAGCAUUGUAUUCUGAGGCACUUCGACAGUCCUUGGCCAGGCUGGGUGUUGCACGCGGCACGCGACGGGAAGCUAAACACGGCUCGCCAACAGGGCGAAGACACGGACUGGCGGCAGAGACGACAGUCAGGCUCGUUCUCUGACGUUCACCUUCACAGUGACAAGAUCCUGCUCAAAUACCCUCAGACAGAGAUAAGUUUCACUCCUAAGGUGCCGCUCCCUGGAAGAUAUGUGCUUCUUGUGCACUACCACCAGCCAGAGCAUGUCUCUUACCCUGUGGAGGUCCGAGUGGAUGCUGGGUAUAGCUGGAAGGGUUCCAUAAAUGCGUCGUUCUGCCCCUCAGUGUUAGGCUGCAGAGAGGUGCUUGCCGCUGACGGGCGUACCGUCUUCGACUUUAUCCAGCAGUCGUGGCAGCUGCCGACCAUCUCUGUGGUCAUUCCUCCUCGCAAGACCCUCAUUCUGGAUCAUAUCUUCCUGGUUCCUGAGAGUCGUUACACCCCUGACCUCCUAAGAGAGAAAGCGCUGGAUAAAUCUGUGCUUUUCAUAGAGCAGUGCAAAGGAAAAGGCUUUGAUUUAAAUCCAAGAACAUCUUCACAGUUCUGCAGAGACGCAGCACGCUCCCUGGUGGCACUUUACAACGAUGGAGCUCUGCCUUGCAACUGCGACCGCUCCGGCUCCACGGGAGACUCCUGUGACCCAGCUGGCGGACAAUGCCCCUGCCGGCCGCACGUCAUUGGGCAGAGGUGCACCAAGUGUGCCACGGGGUACUACGGAUUCCCCUACUGCAGACCGUGUGAGUGUGGCCGCAGGUUGUGUGACGAGGUGACGGGUCGUUGCGUGUGCCCGCCUCAGACAGUCAGGCCGGCCUGCGAAGUGUGUCAGAACCGGACUUUCAGUUAUCAUCCUCUGCUGGGCUGCGAGGGCUGUGGCUGCUCCCAGAACGGCAUCCAGGCCGGUGCAGGGCUCGACUGCGACCGUGUCACUGGACAGUGCAGCUGCAAGCCCAGGAUUGGUGGACGGCAGUGUGAUCGAUGUGCUGUGGGCUAUCACCGCUUUCCUGAAUGUGUGCCUUGUGACUGCGAACAAGGCGGUGUCAAGCAUGAUGUGUGUCACCCUGACACGGGGAAGUGUCUCUGUAAGAAAAAUGUCGCCGGCAUCAGGUGUGAUACAUGUCGGGACGGCUCCUUUUAUUUCGACCCGUCCAACCCUAAUGGAUGCACCAGCUGCUUCUGCUUUGGCGCCACCAACCAGUGUCAAAGUUCCAGCAAACGCAGGGGGAAGUUUGUGGACAUGCGCGGCUGGAGGUUGGAAAGUCAUGACCACAGAGAUAUCCAGUCCGCAUUGAACACGGCCAGUAACACGGUGGUAGCGGACAUCCAGGAGCUUCCUCCUUCAGUUCAAGCGUUACACUGGGUGGCACCUUCCUCAUACCAAGGAGACAAGGUGUCAUCUUAUGGUGGAUUCCUCACCUACCAGGCAAAAUCAUUUGGCAUUCCCAGUGAGGGAAUGACCCCCAUGGACAGGACACCUGAUGUCCUGCUGACUGGUAGGGACAUGACACUGAUCCAUUUAGCUCCUCAAGUCCAGCUGCCAGAUCAACUGUAUCAAGGCAGAGUCCAGCUAGUGGAGAAAAACUGGCGCCAUGCUGGUACUAACAGGCCCGUGUCCAGAGAACAACUUAUGAUCGUCCUGGCUGGUCUGGUGCGUCUCAGGAUCCGAGCCUUGUACUUCACUCAGAGCCAGCGACUCAGUCUGGGCGAGGUGGGCAUGGAGGAGGCCGCCAACACGGGGACGGGCGGUCCUGGGAACACAGUGGAGGUCUGUGCCUGCCCUCCUCAGUUCACUGGAGACUCCUGUCAGAAAUGUGGCCCUGGAUACUUUCGAGACGGCAACGGACCAUACCUGGGCCGCUGUGUGCCCUGUAACUGUAACGAUCUCACUGACGAGUGUGAGGACUGGACGGGAAAAUGCUUGAACUGUCAAUACAACACAGCCGGGGACAGGUGUCAACACUGCAAAGAAGGUUACUACGGUAACGCGGCUCUGAGGACAUGUAAAGUGUGCCCGUGCCCUUUCAGUGCGGUUACAAACAGCUUUGCAGUCGCUUGCAGGGAGAUCUUUGGAGACAUCCAGUGCAUUUGCAGCAGAGGCUACACUGGAGAAAGAUGUGAGAAGUGUGCUCCUGGUUUCUAUGGUGACCCAAUGGCGCCGGGAGGAGGUUGUCGGCCUUGUAGUUGCUAUGGCAACGGCAACACCUGCGAUCCCAAGACCGGAGUUUGCAAGAACACGCUGGAGCCCGGAGACACAAACACAGAUGACCGCUGCCAAGAGUGUGACAACUGUGCACAGACCUUACUGAGAGACUUAGAGACUCUGGGUGACGAGAUGGCGCGCAUCAAAGCCCAGCUGGACAGCGCCUCCAACAGCGCCUCCUCGCAUGACAGGCUCAAGAAGAUGGAGCGGGCCAUGGCCGAUACGAAGAAUCUGGUGAGCAAAUUCAGCUUGUCCGUCAAUGGGCAAAAUUCCAAGGUCAAGCAGCUGGAAGAAGACAUGCUCAACCUCUCAGAGGACAUUGCCUCUCUUAGAAACAAGGCGGAUAAGGCGGCUAUGGAUGCUGACAAAGCUGUUGUAGACGUUGAAAAAACCUACAAGAGAGCUCAAGAUUUUGACCAGGAGAUGAAAAGCAUCCUGAUAAAAAUCCAAAUUCUGCUGGACCAGCUGAACGACGCGGGCUCCAGCGGCGGUGCGCAGCCUAACGAGAAUUUGGCUAAAAUGUUAGAGGACGCUCAGCGCAUGGUGAAGGAGAUGGAAAAUAGGAACUUCACCCCUCAGAAGACCGCUGCCGACAAAGAAAGAGACGAGGCUAGGAAACUCCUGGACUACAUCAAGGCUAACAUGAGUAAGCAGUCCGACCAGAACGAGGUGACGGCAGCAAAAAUGCAAGACCAGCUAGAGGACCAUGAGGCCAGGCUGAAGGAUCUUGACAUGUCUCUGAAGGAAGCUAUGGACUUGGUGAAGAAAGCCAAAGCCCAGAACGGACUCAACGCUCAGGCUGUACCGGAUCUGCAGAAACGCGUCGACGACCUAAAGAAAGAACGAAAGACUGUGGAGGGCCAGAUGGAGAUGGCGCAGGACGAACUAAAGAAAAUUGAGGAUUUAUUCAAAUCGCUAUCCGGGAAUAAAACGGUAUAUGAAAAGUUGGCUGCUCAGCUGGAUGGCGGCAGGACCGACCUGACCAAGAAGGUCAAUGAUAUUUCCCAAGCAGCAGCCAAGGAGGGCCUGGUGGAGAACGCCGAGGAUCACGCUCGGAACCUCCAGAAGCUGUCUAAGGAACUUGAAGGCACCGUGAAGGACGCAAAUUCACGUCCUGAGGUACGUAACGCCAAAGAUGCCAUUGACGCCUACAAGAACAUCACAGACGCCAUAAACGCAGCGGAGGUUGUAGCCAAUCAGGCUAAAGAUGGGUCCGAGAAGGCCAUGAAUAGUGUAAAAAAACAAAAACUGCCCGAAAAAGCACGAGAACUGAAUGAGUCUGGUAGGGAACUUGUGCAGAGUGCUGAAGACGCACAGAGAGAUCUGCAGGGUGCUGCCAACCAGCUUCCCGACAUGAAAAAACGCCUGAAGAAUGCGGACAAGAAAAAGAAAGCUCUCGAAAAAGACCUUCUCGAUGCACAAACGCAGCUGAACAACAUCAGAACAGAUGACGUCGGAGAUAUGAUAGACGAUGCCAAGAGGGGGGCGGCCGCCGCUAAUGACUCGGCCACCGACACCAUCAACAAGCUUAAUGCCAUAGGCAAGGAAAUGGACAAAAUCAACAUCUUGCCCGGGGGCUCCAAUUUAGGCAACGCGUUGGAUGAAGUGGACAAAUCUGUGAAUGACUUGUUGAAGACCAUCCCCACGCUGAAAGAUAAGCUCUCCGAAGUGGAGAACCUAGAUUUCACGCGCAUGAACAACGUCAGGGACAACAUCAAGAAACUCAAAGAGCUGAUUCAACAGGCCCGUGACACCGCAAACAGGAUCACGAUCCCCAUGAAGUUCACCGGCGACGGCUACGCGCAGCUGCAUCCGCCCAAGAACCUGGAGGAUCUGAAGGCCUAUACCGCCUUGUCAUUGUCCCUGCAGAGACCCGAGGGCAGGGGGGACGGACGACGCAGACGCAGGCAGGCCGCAGACAAAGGAGACAUGUUUGUCAUGUAUCUUGGUAACAAAGAUUCCUCCAAGAACUACAUCGGCAUGUACCUGAAGAACAAUGUGCUGUAUGCAGUCUACAAGCUGAACGGGGUGGAGAACAGCAUAAAAACAGACUCCAUCAGCACAUCUGCUUAUGAGAAAGCCAAGUUUGAUAAAGUCAACUUGCAAAGGAUUUAUCAAGACGCAGAGUUGAGUCUUACAAGAGACAGCACGUCAAGCACCCCUGGGAAGCCCAUUAUGGGAAAUCUGCAAGGAACUGAAUCCAAAAACCUCCUGGACCUCACCACAAAGGACCUGGUGUUCUACAUCGGAGGCUACCCUUCCAGCUUCACCCCGCCGAAUUCCCUCAAACUUCCCAAGUACAAAGGCUGCAUUGAGCUGAUCUCUUUUAACGACAAGGUUGUCAGCCUCUACAAUUUCAAACAGAUAGAGAACAUCAAUCCGCAGCCUCCAUGCAAAAGGUACGUGCCUCCUCUGGAUUCAUUCUACUUGGAGGGCACAGGAUACGGCAAAGUGAACAUCGACAAGGGUCCGUCAGUCAUCCUCAUCGGCAUGUCCAUUUUAUCGCAUUCAGAAAACGGCCUGCUUUUCUACAUCGGCAGCAAGGACAAUUACUUUGCGGUGACAGUCGAGAAAGGCAUUGUUUACCUGCGUAGCAACUUGCUGCAAGCACCAGCAACAAACUCCUUGAAAAUGUUCCCGACAAACGACUGGUUGGAUAUCCUCAUCAUUCUUACAAACAAGGGGAAGUUCGCUGUGCGCAUAAGCAAUAAGGAGGUGGCGUCGGCCAAUGCUCAGUUCGACCACAACGACUAUCAAGAGUAUUAUAUUGGCGGCGCACCCCAAGACUUGAGGGAAAAAAACAACAUCCACAUCCAAGCAUUCAGAGGCUGCUUGAAGAACGUGAAGCUCCAUAAAAACUUCAAACUGAUGGACGAGAAAGUGGGCAUCAGCAACGGCUGCCCCAGUGAUUUCCUGAUCUCACGGAAGGCUGAGUUCAGCCCAGGGAGCUCCUUGUCGGCCGUCCUCCCGGGCUUCAGCUUGGCCAACGACGUGACGCUCUCGCUGGGCUUCAAGAGCACCGACGACAAGGGUGUCCUCCUGCAGAACAAACAGGCGAACGCGCUUAACCUGGCUCUGGAAAUGGGUCACGUGGUUUUGAUAUUGGACAACAAAAAGUGGACUUCGAACAAGAAAUACAACGAUGGCCAGUGGCAUUAUCUGACUGUCAGUAGGAGAGCGGGCAGGACAGAGUUGAUGAUCGAUGACGACGACGUCGGGAAAGAGGGAAGCGGCAGUGCCAACCUUCCUGACAGUGGGGGCGCCAUCGUCCUGGCAGCAGACAAGUUCAAAGGCUGCAUCAACAACCUCUAUACCAGAAGGCCCAACAAUCUGUACAAGGCAGAGGACUUGAACAUAUUCCAGACGUCCGGAGACGUCUUCCUGGACGUGUGCACCAGCGCCAGUCCUGUCCAACAGAUGCUGGAUCGCGCCCUCAAGCGGGACGCCAUGAUGCAGCAGCUGAACGAGAGCACGUCCUCAGCGUGUGUUCUGCCCGGCCUGAUGAAAGACGCUCAUCACAUGUUCGGGCCUGUGAGUCGCCUGAGCUACAGCCUGCCUCUACAGGUGCUGCAGCCCAGGCCUCACUUCUCCGUGGACGUCAGGACUCGAUCUCCGGAGGGCCUGCUGUUCUUCGCCGCGACCAGAGGGGGGCACUCUCACCUGGCGUUGUACAUGUCCAAGGGCCGGAUCAGGCUGUCUGUGGGCAAGCACAAGGAAAUCUUCAACAGGGAGAAGUACAACGAUGGAAAAUGGCACUCGGUCAUGUUCAGUUUAGAGAAGAAGAAAUUCCGACUGGUGGUGGACGGCAUCCGAGCACAGGACGGUCAGCUGACUGUAGAAGACUUGGCGUCAAUGAAGCACUUCAUGCCGCCUGUGUUCCUGGGUAGUGCGCCCGACUACCUCCACAAAGAGUUAAAGUCCAAGUCCCUGCCCAGGCAAACCGUGUCAGGCUGUGUCCGCAAUUUUAAAAUGAACGGCGCACCGAUGUUGCAUCCGACCACCAAUCUUGGAGCAGGACCCUGUUUUGAGGGCCACACCCAGAGAGGGGCCUACUUCUCAGGGAAUGGAGCGUAUGUCAUCAUCAAUGACUCGUUUGCCGUGGGAUCAAGUUUCGAGUUGCUGUUCAACAUCCGACCGAGGACGCCGACCGGACUCCUGUUACACGUCGGUGAUGCUCAGCAAGACCUGACCUCUUGGGGUCACUAUAUCAGUAUCUACCUGCUCGAUGGAGAGGUGGUAGCACGAGUGAACAACGGCAAAGGGGAAUUUGCGGCGUCCGUGCGGCCAAAAACUCCUCUCUGCGAUGGAAUGUUUCAUAAAAUAUCAGUCAUCAAGAGGAAACAUGUUGUCCAGCUGCACGUGGACACAGUGGACACGUACAAGAUAGGACCGCCGUCCCCCGUCACCACCAGCAGCAAGUAUCCCCUUUAUGUGGGGGGCUUCCCUGCCGACACGUCAUCUCUGUUGACGCCGCCCGUCACCUCGUCCUUUGUGGGGUGCAUCCAAGACAUGAACCUCAAUGGCGAGUCUGUAUCGUUCACUAGGUUGUCCUCCGUGUUCGGCCCCGUCAACCUCAAAGACUGUCCGGGCUGAACUGCAGGAGGCCCUCACUGUGUCUUUUUUGGGACCAACCCCAAAGCCAACCAUGAUGUGCAAUGUUUUACCAGGACAGAGAAUGUGUGUGUAAGAUUGUAUAUACCAUGAAGUUUGUGUGAGUGUGUAAUGGAUGGAUGUAUUUAUUCAAAAAUCAUGUACAACAACACCGACUCAUCAAUGCUAUAAUGAAUAUGUGAUGGCUGCAGUGUACAAAACACAGCACUUUAAGAACAAUCAUGAGAGAUAUUUUAUGUUGAAUGGCGAUGAAAAAUAACUAUUAUUAUUAUUACAAAAUGGAACCAAAUAUUUACAGUAUACUAGAAUACUUUGCAGUUGAUGGUGCUCGUUUGAUGUUAUUUCCUUUCCUCAUGUGUGAUUUUGUCUGCUGCAUCAGACUCCCAUGGUUUUGAUGAUAUUUUACAUUUGCAUUCCUUUUGCAUGCAUUUUUCCUCCAUGUGGCUCUCCAAGCCAAAAACUGUCCUGCAUUAAGUGGAGUUGGAAGACUAAAACGCUAAGAAAUAACAGUGCAUCACCCAGACAAUGUUUACCUCGGAGUACAAAAAAAGUGAUAUGUUUUUUAUUACUCGCAUUCCUGUUUUGUGACCACUGGUGUGUACACUAUUUUAUCAUACCUCCAAUUAAAUGUCUUUAUAAAUUCCA